AUAGACUUAUCAUUUAUGGCGAUCAAUCAGCAUCUUUUAAAUAAUUAAGAAAAAGAUGCUCAUACAUAAAUAUAUUAAUAAUUUUGAAGUCCUCUUGCCCUAGGCCUUAUUUAUUAUUUACAAAAGAAAUGACUUUAGUUAGAUCAAUAAUAAGAGGAUUUAAAAUUCAAAUUGUUAAAGGAAAUAAAAUAGACCAUAAUAGCUCUUAGUACUUAAUAAUAAAACUACAUUCCAAAAAUUUAGUAUUCUCAACUCAUAAUUAAAUAUUAAUUUAUUUAGUGAAAUCAAUUUCACAUAGGGUUAUUAUUUAAUUAAAUAUUUAAGAUUAAGCUUAAAUUUAUAAUUAAAAUUUAGAUUCCUUAUGAGUUAUUUAUUUUAUAUACAAAAUUAAGUUAAAAUAAAUCCUUUAAAUAUACAAUAUUAUUAUUUUCCAGUUUUUGAUUUUAUAUUAUGUUAAUAUGAAUAAUUAGAUUUAUCUUAAACUUAGUAGAAGAUUCCGAUUCGAGAGUUGUAGAAAAAAGUAUUAUCAUUUGAAACCAGAAAUUAAAAAGAAUUUUAUCCAAAGUAAAUUGGCAGGGAUUAAGAUAACAAAUAUUUUUAAGGUCCUUAAAAAGUUAAUUUCUUUUGA